GUGGAAACAACCAAGGAAUUGUUAGAAACUUAUGGUGAAAGCGAAUCAUAUGUGAAAGAUUGUUGUUCUGAUUGUAUUAAAGAAAAUACGGAACAUAUGAGCGAGCAGUUUAGACAAUUUUUUGACGAUUAC